AUGAUAUUGAAUGGAACAGUUUUUGCAAGCCUUAAUCUUUAUCGAAUUUUUCGAGAGAUAUCAUCUGGAUAUAUUGGAGAAAAAAUGAUACAGUGCCUCAUAAUAUUGAAUAUUCAUUAUAUAUACACAUUCCUUUCUACCAAUAUUGCGCAACAAAUUAUAGAUCAUAACAAUAGCAUAUUCGUUACAGUAUACAAUGGUUACUGGUAUGUAGUUCCUUUACAUGUGCAAAAGCUAAUAUUGUUCCUAUUACAAAGAGGCACUAAAACUUUGAAGAUAAUGAUUGGUGGAUUAUUUAUUGGUUCCUUAGAAGGCUUCGCCACGAUAAAGAGUUUGUUGGAACAACUUCAAGAUGUAUGUAAUAAAUUAAAAGAUGAAAAUGAAAUCGCUAUUAUAGAAAAAUGUGGAAGCAAGGCGAAAUGUUAUACAAUUGCAAUAAUACGUAAGACAAUGUGUUUGGCAUGUGCGGUGAAAGUACUUUAA